GGCAACAGGUGGAUUGUGUGUUCGCAGCAACCGCCGACUCACACGGUAUAUUUUUCUCUCGAUUSCUUACCCCACACUAUCCUUUGAAACCUAUCAASUUUACAAGCGAAAAACACUGAAAAUUUCCACCGACCAACUGCCAAAACACUCCAAAGCUGUCAACGUUUACUUUGGCUGAAAUAAUCACCCGGAACAUGAUUGCGUGAAAUAUAGAACUGCAUAUCGACCACUAAGAGCUAAGGCAACACUCAGAGAACAUCAUUCACAUCAGCGAAGGAGUGGGAGUGAAUUUGCAUGAAAAUUUGAAAUUCGUCGCUUAUUUCCGGUGAGUUUUUCUCGAAAAUCAACUAACGAUGGGGCCCGUGUGACASUCAAGCAGCGAUCUUUCARCGAAGCAGAGAACCGAAGAAAUCAUGCCUCGACAGCAUUCUCGCAACAACAAACCGAAAAACGAUACGUCGCUUGAUGUGAAUUAGACGUUAGUAAUAUGUCUAGGGGGGAAACAACAAAUACUGGGAAACGAUGCCUAAAUCAUUUCUGAUAAAAAAAAAGUCCAAGGAUUAUGGUAAUUUUUCUUCUCCAACGACACUUGCAACAGUUCGAAACAGCGACUGUCCGACUCACGAUAAUUUAGUGCAUACGAGGGAGGGGGACACGACUCUUGUCCAUUCAACUAAGAUAAAACUAAAAACAGAGCCUCUAGAAGAACAAGAAGACGACUUUCAGUGUGUGGGGAAAGAAGAAGAUAGUAGCUUUGAUUCUUUGGACGAAAAUGGGAACAUUACAGAUUCACUGAAACCUGUUUGCACGGACGGAAGAAGCAAAAACAAUGGCUCCAACGAGAACAAGAGUCGAUACGUUUGCGCUGAAUGCGGAAAAUCUUAUGCUACAUCGUCAAACCUUUCUCGGCAUAAACAAACGCACCGUAGUUUGGAUGGUAAGCUCGCUAGAAGAUGCCAUCAUUGUGGGAAAGCGUAUGUUUCCAUGCCGGCGCUUGCUAUGCAUGUUCUYACGCACAAACUUCUUCACAAGUGUAAUGUUUGCGGCAAGUCUUUUAGUCGUCCAUGGCUUCURCAAGGCCAUAUGCGAUCUCACACAGGAGAAAGGCCGUAUAUUUGUCAAGAAUGUAACAAAGCAUUCGCGGAUCGUUCCAAUCUUCGAGCGCAUCUUCAAACUCACUCUCCGCUGAAGCAAUUCAAAUGCGAACGCUGCGAUCGAACGUUUGCUCUUAAAUCGUACCUCAAUAAGCACAUGGAGUCGGCAUGUUCCCGCGAAGAAAAGGAUGGCAAUAUUGGAAGCUUAAAUCCUGAAUCAGGAAAGUCUAAGAAAUGAAACAUUGUUUGUUCAUAGUAUAGCCAAUUGUUAGCAAUCAGGUAUAGCAUAGUAAUUAUUCAGUAGAAAAGACAWAACACAGGGAUAUUCUAAUGUUAUUUUUUUCGAUCAAAUCCCAGCCAACUAUAUAUAUAUAUAUAUACAUGUAAAAUGUAUCUUAUAUUCGAAAUUUCGUUAACUCGCCGAGCGAGGAACAUGUUAGGUCCUUGUAGACCUUUUGAAAUAUGGAACUAAAAAGAGUAGAACUGUUUACCACUAGAGGUACAGCUAAGACAUAAAAUGAAAUAACGAUUAUAUACUCCAAAUCUUUCCGCGAAAGAUAUUUCAAACUAAAAACAUAUUUAUUUAUUAGAAGACUAAUGGCAAGCAGAGAGCUUGUCUUGUAAAAUAUUGUAAAUUAUAUCGCAAAUGGGUUGGUUUGCAUCUAUAUAAAUUGCUUAAUUUUUAAGCUUAAACUCGAAUUUCCAUUAAGAAAUCUGCUGGACGGUUCUGCAUUUUUUUGCCUUAAUGGCGAGAAAAUCUUUAGGAAAAAUACUUUUUACAUAGCUGACAAAAAUGGGAUAUUUUUUUUCUCGCUAAUGUUUUAUUGCAGUACUCGCCUUUUUGAAGCUGUCAAAUCAAACGACUUAGAAUGUGCUAUUAUCUUAUUAUGCUUCUUUGCAUGGAAGAAAUGUUUUUGUAGCGGAGCUGUGCUCUCAUUUUCGCAUAUUUUAUCUACUUUUUCAUACUGCAACAAAAAUGCUUUUAUCGUUAUAUCGUUUACGCUUAUCUAAAGAAAUCAUUACUAAAGCUUCCUCCAAUAAAUGCAAAAAAUCAUCUUUAAUUUCCUUUUUUUAUGAGCUGUUUUCUAAUUUAAGCAUUUUAGUAAAAAUCUAUCUAGUCUUUGGCUAAUCCAACUAAGUAUGUCUGUCCAAUAUUUUGUUUUAUCAAAACAAAAACACGAAAAGAAUUCAGUAUUUUAGUUGAUAUGGCUCAAUAUCAGAUGAUGGAUGAAUCUAAAUAUGUAAAUAUACAAACGGCGUCAUUCACUAUGAAGCUACAAGUUGCACUGUGAAUGAUUGCUGUAUCGCUAGAAAUAUUUUGAAUUUGUAUUUGCUUAUCGGCGCUUUUGACAGCUAAAGUUGACAUUGAGUCAAGGGAAAAACUUGUAAGUCAAAUAUUAAGCACACAAACUGAAUUCGGGCUUUUUUCUGAAGUUUUUAUAGAUAAGUUCACAAGCAUAAUAGCGCAGAUUAAUUGGACAAUAGUURGCAAUAGGUUUAGUUAAAAUUUGUAAAUAAAUUUUGGCAGGGAGUUUAUGCAUUGGAUUUAUGAAAAUAGCGUUUUGCUGUGAAAAUGUGUUAAAAGCGAAGCCGAAUUUCUAAGUGGUUUAUAUUAAGAAUAUUGCAUUGUGGUAGGAUGRUUCCCAAAUGACUUUUAGAUAAAACACAUUUUAAAGAUGGAAUGCUAUGGGCGUAACAACUUAAACCUGACAGCAACCUAAGACCAUAGCAUAAAAAUCAUUUGGGAAUUUUCUUAUAUGCUUACUAACAUUAUGUAAAGUUUUCAUUCUGAAGAAAUGUUUUUUAAGACGGAUUAAUAAUGGGGGGCUGUAUUUGCAAUGCUGAAGAAUGGAAUACAAAUAAAAUACGAUUUCGUGUGAC